UCAUUUAUUUAGUAUCUCUGAUCUGAGCUCUCCUUCGGUACACACUUGCAUAGCGGCACUUGGGAAUAGUCAUCUUUGACUAAAGCAGUGCAGUUUUUUCUCUUUCACUUUGUGUCUUGACCUACGAUUAAUUACCAAGUCAUAUCAUUUGACAAUUGAAGUGAAGAAUGAAAACAGUCUAAACGGAGUUAUGUGGUGAGAAAUAAGAUUUCCACUUAGCAUGUCCUAGGAGAACAACAAGGCAACAGCCAUGAUUUUGCUAGGGCUAACAACCCACUUCGUUUUCAUCACAGUUUCAUUUGGUCUUCUGCUGGUCAGGGGAAUUCAUAGUGCGGAAAAAAGCGUGAAGCAUGGAACAUCAAGUCCAUGGUUUCCAUCUGGUCCACCACCGGCAAAACCUCCAACAGAGGCACCAGUAGCACUGAAAAAAGUGCUGCCUCUGGUUUCUUUUGACUGUAAAGGUAAAACGGGGUAUUUCCCCGAUGCCAAAUUCAACUGCGAAGUGUUCCAUUACUGUAAACCUGAUGGAACCAGGAACACUUUUCUUUGCCCGCCUCAUUCCUUAUUUAAUCAACUUUCUAUGGUCUGUGAGGAAACAUCUCCACUCAAUUCCAAGAUUUGCAAAGAAGGUUCCAUUGGCACCAAAAAAGAAAAAAUAAAAGAGGCCAAAAAGACCUACAAGUCUAAUGCAAAGUUUACUUCUAAAAAGAAGUAUGUGGAAGACUUUUCUAAACAGCACCGAAUUAAACCUGUCCCAGUUUUGAACAACACUAGAUCUAAUUUUGAAAACACGAAAUCAUUUGAAGAACUUCUGAGUUACGGACAUCAGAAACCAACAUUUUAUUAUGAGGAUGGAUUCAGUUACGAUGGUGAUCUAGUCAAACUUCCAAAAUCCACCGUGAAAUCUGUAAAAACCGCACCAGCUGCAUUAACAACCCGCAAAACUUCCGUAACCAUUAGUGGACAGCCAAAUAAUUCGAAAUUUUCUAAGUUAGAAAGCAUUAGCAUCGAUAGAGAAAUUUUACAGCCAAGUGAAUCAAUACAAGAUGAUGUCUCAGUGGAAUAUGAUGCCAUUGAAGGAAGGAAAGUCCGACAGCAUAAAAGAGUUGGAAGAGUUCUUAACGUUGGAGAAGCUCCACGUUUAUCUCAUAAAGGAAAGCGUCAAACACAUUCUCAUGUAUCGGCCCGCUCCCCGACCGAAAAUCCACCCGAAGAUAGCACUAGAUCACCGACAUCGAGUUCAACGGCCAGGAGUACCACCUUGCCUAGUUUGUUCUCAGCCGAUCGGAGCAAAGCAAGGGAUUUCCGAAAAAGAAGGAGGAACUUGAACAGGAGAAGGAAAUUUCAAAAGACAAAUGAAACCACCACGGAAGCCACUGAGAUCCUGGAUACUACGACAACGACUCAAAGCACACUUACAACAAAAGAAGAUUCCAGGGAAGCUUCUAAAUUUGAUUACUCCAGAAGGAGAAUAAAUAGCACCAGAAAGAAUCCCUACAAAAAAGAAAAUUCUCAAUCGUGGCUUGGAUUAUCGAAAUCAGGUCAGGUUGAGCCAUACACUUUACCACCUCUUCCGGUACCAGAAGAUGACCAACAGGAAACAACUACAAACACCAUCGGUAACGGAGAGCCCGUGGCACAGCUAAAAAAGAAAUUCCCAGAGAAAGGAGGCAGAACUAGAAAUCCUUGGUACAAAACAACUCCUAUUCCUGUAGAUGAUUUGAUUGAAAUAAAAUUUGGCGAGAAAAUUUCAGAAUUGUAUCACCAGCACUAUCAUACUAAUACCAAACCAGAAUCAAAUCCAACUGAACAGAAGGAAGUUCAAGAAUUUAAGCAAAAGUCUUUUGUAUCCAAGGAGCUUGUUCAUGAUGAGUAUGACAAAUAUCUUCCACAGGAUACUUCUUCUUAUGAUGAUAAAAAUGAUAAAGGUAAAUACAGAAAGGACAAACAAAUUAGUGACAUCGAUGAUGUUUACCAUCUAUUUCACUCUGACAACAAAAAACACCAGCCAACUAAAAUUGAAGAUUUGUUCCCACCCCCAAGAGCAGAACCUAGGGAACAGAAAUCUCUCCAGCAACACGAAACACAGCAAUUAUAUUCUAGUGCAGAAAAGUCUGUGACUUCAUCAGAAGAACGAACCACUGAAAGCCCAUUCAAAACUACUAAAGCUUAUGAGAGAAGGUAUAGAACAAAAAGUUCUAGACAGCAAGGCGAAGGACAAAGAUGGAGAUUAAAUAAAGACCGAAAAAGAAUGAAAGGUCGAAAAAUUGAAGUAGGUUCCACGUUUUCAUUACAUACGGAGUCUCCUGAAUCUGAUUCUCAGGCCUUACUACAAAUACCAACAACAACGCAAUCACCUGUGACAAUUAGUGCUCUGAGCAGAAAAGAAUUGCCAAAAACCACUACUUUAGCCCACCAACAUUUACUCAAACUGAUGAAUGAAUUCUUUGCUAUGUCUUCUACCACCACAAAGGAUUUGGCGGGAAAAGCAUCAGAAACUAUCGAAGAUACAGUAACGCCUAAUUCCAGAGUAUCUGAUGACGAUAUAGUCCUUGGAUCAGAAUCUACAACGGAUGAGGUUGAAGAAUUGCCACCAGAAGUACUAGAAGUCGUUGACAUGCUAGCAGGUCAGUCAGAUGAAGACAAAAAGGAAUAUAAAUCAGAUUCCAGUCAUGAAAUAAUUAAGAUUAGUGGCCCUUUAACAAACGACCAUCUCAAACAAAUUCUUUCAGAUGAUGUAUUUGAAGCUAUUCCCCGUUCCCCAAAAAGGAAAAAGGAAACCGUCAAAAAGAUAGUCUUCGUUCCCCAAGAAGAAAAGGAUGACUUCAAAGACGAAUCGGAGAACAUCGCAAAAUUCACUUCUUUGAAGCUGCAACCCUUACUUAAACAAAUGGCUUCUGUUAUACCAGUAACUCAGAAUCCUCCGAGACAUCGACAACCAGCAGUAUUAACAGCUAAAAAAAUUCCUGUUCGAGUUAUAUACAAAGAUCAAUUGAGUGAGGCCAAUGCUCAAAGAAAGCUACCAAAAUCUAAUUUAAAGAUAAUCCGUUCUCAGCUACCUAGUCCAAGUUUACAAAUAAUACAGAAAGGAAGAAUUACGCCAACCCGAACUUACAGCCAACCACAUCCAAAAAAUUCUCAACGACUCCUGCAUUCUAGACAGGCUCUUGUUUUGCAACCUCAUUCUCUCUAUCCACCUCAUCCACCGCCUCUUCCAAAAAAAUCAUUGCCAUUUAAAAUAGGAUUCCCUUUUGCUAGUGGAAAUAGGCCGAUAUCAAAUUUAAGAUAUGCUUCACACAGACGAAAGAGGUCUGUUUUAAACAGAGAUCGCAGACAAAUAAGACCUAAUCCUCGCUUCUUUCCAUUUCCAAGACCAGUAUUCCCAACUUUUAAUCCAAAAUUUGUUCCUACUUUUCCACCUUUCAGAAACAUGUUUCCUCCAAAUGGCAUGAAUUCCGCAAGCUCCAACGUUAAUCCUUUUACUUUCCCUAGAUUUGAAGCUCCGAAACCAAAUAUUGGUGUUCCACCUAUGUAUAAACCUUCAAAUUCUCCUCCAGCCCCAGUACGUCAUAUAACGCAGCAUGGUGAUCAAACAGUUAUCGUAGAAGAAGUACCAGUUCCAAUUCAUGUAGAAGUACCAGAUCCAAAUUUCUUGCGCCCAGUGCAUUCAGGAAAUGAGCCAAAAAAUCAUUUGAAUCCAUAUUCAAAUAAUCAAUUUCGUUCUCCUUCUCCUCCCUCUAUUCAAUCUCCACCUCUAUUACAAGGAUUCCAGGGAAGAUUUCCAAUGACAAAUAAUUAUCCGCCAUACGGUAUGCCUUCUAACGCUCAACCACCUGUUUUAAAUUACCAGCCAUCUGUUCAGUUCUCUCAACCACUUCCACCAAGUAUAACUGAUCAGCAAGGACAAGUGUUUGCUUUAGGAGUCACAAAUACACCGUUUGCACCAGUAAAACCUUCACCAGGAAGAAUUCCAAACGGUCCUCAAGGAAUCACAGGAAAACCACCACUCAGACCUUUCCAACAUUUCGAUGUUCAUGCAAAUAACUAUCCAAAUUUUCCAUACUUUCAAGGCGCCUUCACGACUCCUCUAACCAUUGAACAGGUCCCAGGCAGAUUGAUGUACAGCGGUUACAAGCCACCUAAAACGACGGAGGAAGCUAAAAUACCAAGAACUACAAGUCUUCCCCAUCAAAAAGUUACAAACCAUGCUGAUCAAAGUAGUAGACGACCUCAACCAAGACCCAAACCAACACAAGCAUAUUACAGUCCUAGAAAUCCUGUUCAAGAGCAACGAAUGAAUUAUUAUGCUCCUAAUGUUGGAUUUAAUGUUCCACCAAAACCAAAUCUUGAAGGAGUACCAAGGGAACAUUCUUAUCUUAACCAACCAAGGCCGAAUCUAAACAAUGUUUCACCAUCACAUACAGAAGAACCCCCUCCUCGUAGACGAAGACCAAAUAGAAAGAGAAGACCACGUCCUCGAAUGACAACAACAACUCCAGCAGUACAUAUUUCGAAAGAUAUAUCUCCAACACCCAUACCACCAGAACAAAUACCACCCCCACCAGCAACUUAUACAAGUAUUCCUUUAAAUUCAGCAAUACCUAAUUCCUUACAAAGCGCUCAAGAAAGUGCUAAAAUAGUAGAAACAAGUAGUCACUACCCUCCUGCAGGCUAUUAUGGUAAAGAUCAGCUAGGGCAAUUUUUUGAUUCAUCAUCAAAAUCUUACAACAAGGGAUCUACACCCAAGCCUUACGAACAUAAUAACCUUGCAGAAAGCACUUCAAGUGCCGAAACAGAAGAAAGCAUAUCCAGCGUGUCAAGUGAAGAUCCUGAUCAACCAGCUUUUGGAACAAGAUUAAGAUCGAAACCUCGAGGCUCAGGAAGAAGACGAAAAAGUCAACCAGUACAAGCUCCAACUGAAAGAACUGAAACACGAACCAGACCAAACAGCAUACCAAAUGAAAUACAAAACAAAAAUAAGAGAAUUCCAGCGACUUCAAGCAACAGAUCAGCAAGAAAUAGAGAAAAGAACGAAAAUAUUAAUAAUCAAAGACGCCAACGAGUGUUACAGCACAGAUCGCGAAAUGCUGCAACAAGAGAGCCAGAAAUACGGCAUUUCAACAACCCCAACGGAUUUUACAGUGUUCCUUCUGGCCUUCAGGAUCUUGUUGCUCCAGAGAGACCUUCACAAAGUAACGGAAGAACCACUGAUAUGUUUGGUAUUCCUCAUCCAUCUAUGGAUCAAAAUGCGUACUCCAUAAGGCCGGAAGGCAAUGCAGGAGAUUUUAACUCGAAUUUUUUUAGCGUUCCCGCAGAAGUGGCAAAACAGCAACAAUCACCAUUACUCAGCAUGAAUAUUAAACCAAUUCCAGAAUCUGCUAGAGAAUUUUUUGAAGAAGCCGCGAAAGAAUCAUCAAAAAUCAAAGAAAAUUCUGAGAAAAAGGAAGAGGCUGAGCAAAAUGAAUCAAAAACUCCUACAGAAGAAACAAAGCCGCAACGUAAUCCAGCAGUGCGAAAAUUAAAAAAACCUAAGAGAAAAAACAGAUACAAUUCAAGAAAUGAAGAAAAACAGAGUACUGAAGGUAAUAGUGAUAAACCUCAAACUAUUCAGGAACAAAGAAAUGCCUUAAGCAAAGAAAGAACAACCACUCCAGCAACCACUACAUCAGAGCCACGUCCAGCAUAUAUUCAUACAACAUCAAAUACAUCACCACAAAAUGACAUCAAAGAACAAACACCUGUUUUCAAACAAAGGACUCCCCUGCUGCCGAAGACCUUGCCUGAUCUAUCAAAAUCGCUACUAGAUGGGAAAAUAGACAUAAAAAAGUUGAAUGCCACGAUUUCUACUUCAGUGUCAGUGUCUGCAUUCCCUCACCAACCAAACAACACAAGUUCAGAAGAAAAUUCAAAUAAAAAAGUUUUCUCAUCUCAAAAUGGGGGACUCGCAGUUGUAAGAAGCAAUCCAAGAAAAAGGAAACCGAAGCAAAGACAAUCCACCUUCCCAGAAGAUGAAGAUUCAAAAACUAAAUACGAUAUAGCAGCUAGUGUCUUGGAUAUUAUCAAAGCAACUACAGAAACAGAAAAAAAUGGGGCAGGAUUUUAUUCUACUAGGUUCGAUAAAUCACAAAGUUCUUCACCCAAAUCAUCCACCACGUGAUAAGCAUAUCAGUGUCUUUUCAUAGGAAGGCAUCACAUGGACUACAUUAGCUAGAUUUUUAAUGAAAAUCAUAUGCUUUUACAUUAUUAUGUCUAUACCAGAAUUAUAAGUUUUCUAAACAAAUAGCCAUCAGGACCUUCGAGUUGAACUCUUCAAAUGGUCCUAUUUGAACUGAAAAGCAUGUGUAUGAACAUAGUGAAAAUGAAAAAGAGACAUUAAAGUAGCCUUGUGUUGGUACCGAACUUUAAAAGACGUAUCAAAGAUAUUUAAAUUUUGUUUUACUAUUCUUGCGAGCAAAAAUAGUAUGUUUGUUAUAUUGCACAAUAAAGCUUUUUAUUAUUUUUA